UCCCGCACCCGCGGCGGCGGCUGCAAACUUGCUGCGGCGGGCUGCGUGUGAAGGCACGGCCCGGCGGGGCGGCUCCGCUGCUCCGCAGCCCCCGUCGUCGCGCCCGCAGCCCGGGGGGCGAGGCCGCCGCCCGCGGGCAUGCGGCGCUGCCACCGCGCCCGUCGAGACACGGUGUGGAGCCGCGGGCGGUGGGGCUGCGCUUAGGGGCGGCCGGGGCGGGAGCCCCAUGUCCGGGGCUCGCCGCGCUCCGCGGGCCGGCGGCGGGGCGAUGAGCUGCCGGGGCGAGCGGGCGCGCCUGGCCCCCGGUUUGCCCUGCUCCCUCGCCCGUGGGGAGUGAGGCUCCGCGGAGCCCGCUCGGAGCUCCCGGAAGGGCGGGCAGGCGGUCGGGGAGGUGGUGCCGGCGCGGCGAUGCUGCAGCCCUCCCCCGGCGCCGACGGGGUCUUGCCGGGGUAGCGGCCCCGCCGUGCCGCGCCGAGCCCCGCCGUCUGCGGGGGCGGCGGCCGCGGAGGGAUGGAGCCGGCCGGCCCCUGCCGGGCGCAGUUGGGCUCCGCCAACGACUCUUACCGAAACUGUAGCGCCGAGGAAGUGAUUUAUCAAGAUGCCACCCCUCUCUCCGGGAAGAUCGUGCUCGCUGUCGUCCUGGCGCUGGUCACCCUGGCCACGGUGCUUUCCAACGCUUUUGUCAUCGCCACGGUCUACCAGACGAGGAAACUCCACACGCCGGCCAACUAUCUGAUCGCCUCGUUGGCUGUUACCGACCUCCUCGUCUCCAUCCUUGUCAUGCCCAUCAGCACCAUGUACACUGUGACCGGCAGGUGGACGCUGGGUCAGAUCGUCUGCGAUAUCUGGCUGUCCUCGGACAUCACCUGUUGCACGGCGUCCAUCCUGCACCUCUGUGUCAUCGCCCUGGACCGCUACUGGGCGAUCACCGACGCCGUCGAAUACUCCACGAAACGGACUCCCAAGAGGGCAGCUGGUAUGAUCGCACUGGUAUGGAUCUUCUCCAUCUGCAUCUCCAUGCCCCCUUUGUUUUGGCGGCAGGCGAAGGCCGAGGAAGUAUCUAACUGUGUGGUGAACACGGACCACGUCCUGUACACCGUGUACUCCACAGUAGGAGCCUUCUACUUCCCCACUCUGCUGCUCAUAGCCCUCUACGGGAGGAUCUACGUGGAAGCCAGGUCGCGGAUUUUGAAGCAGACGCCAAAGAAAGCAGGUAAAAGACUAACGCGGGCACAGUUAAUUACAGACUCCCCGGGGUCGACCUCUUCCGUCACGUCCAUAAACUCCAAGGCUCCCGAGGGAUCCAGCGAAACGGGCUCCCCCGUGUACAUGAACCAGGUGAAGGUGAAGGUCUCGGACGCCCUGCUGGAGAAAAAGAAGCUGACGGCCGCUAGAGAGCGGAAAGCUACAAAGACUUUAGGGAUUAUUUUAGGAGCCUUCAUCGUGUGCUGGCUGCCCUUUUUCAUCAUCAGCUUGGUGAUGCCUAUUUGCAAGGACGCUUGCUGGUUCCACAUGGCCAUCUUUGACUUUUUCACGUGGCUUGGAUAUCUCAACUCCCUCAUCAACCCUGUCAUCUAUACUAUGUCUAACGAAGACUUCAAACAAGCUUUCCACAAACUCAUACGUUUCCGAUGCACAGGCUGAAAUGUUGAAUGCGAUGUGCUCCCCGGGGCAGCCCCCAUGCACGCCUGCGCCCGGCGCCACAGAAUCAAGUUGCUAUUGUAAAGACCCACUGCUUGAAACUUCCCCAAGCCCAGUUGCCAGACUCAUGAUGCUGCAAAAACGUCAAUACAUUCUGCCACCAAACUGCUCAGCUCUGCGUUUCAGUGUAAUGACUCUGGCAGAGAUGCUGUUCCAAUAGGCACGCAGAUCAGUUGCAAAAAAAAAAAAAGAAAAAAAAAAAAAAAAAAAUGAAAAAAAAAAAAAAAAAAAAAAAAAAAAAAAAGAGGGCAGCCUCGAAUCAAGGUCUAUAAUUCAUCUGGAAUGAAGAAAAAAAAAAAAGUUUGAGAGUAAACUCCAUUUAUUUUGCAGGCUUAACUUCUUAAUUUCUUCUCCGGCCGGUUGUAGGGGUGUGCACAAGAGCACAGCUGUCUCUGUCUGUGUUGGUAGCAUAGUUGUACUUCUGCACACCUGUAAUUUCUUUCUUUCAGUGGGAAGAGUUGCUCCCUUCACUCAUGAAGCCAAGAGGAGACAAACUCACAUUUAAAAUAGGAGCAUCACAGUAAAUUCUGUAAAUGACUCCUUCGGCUGAACAUGCGUGAGAAGUGACAGUGUGCACAAGUUUUAUAUUUGUAUUUCAAAACAAUAGUAAAUGCAAAUGCUCUAGAAACAAGAGUUGUAGACCUGUUCAACUGCACUGCAUAUCUGUAGUCUGUCCUCAUAGUUGCCUUUAAAAAAGAACUGCUUCUUGCUUUUGCUCCAUAAGAGCAGAAAUCAAGAAGUCCAAUGACCUUUUCCAUAAACCAGCUGGGAAUAGGAGUAGCAGUUUGACGCUGUAACCAUGUUUUCCAUUUUGUGUCAGUUGCACACCCUUACCGCAUGAACCACUGCGAAAUUUAGAAUUCUCUAAGUACUUAACAUUAUUUAAUGUAUUUUGUAAAGAAGUGAAGCAGUUUGCUCUUUCAGAAGAGCUAUUUCACCUGCAAAAUAAAUACCCAUGAAUCAUUAAUUAACUGAUGUUAGUGAAAUUUCUUGCCUCCCUACUUCCCCCUUAUGUUUUUUUUUAGUUUUUCUUUUGUUUUGUUUUGGUUUUUUUUUCUUUUUUUUUUUCCUCCUGAUUGGACCUUAAGAUAGGUCUAUGCGUAUUCAGCAGAGUUUCAGGAUAUGGUCCACCUGCUGUAAUAGAACUGCAUUGAUUGUUCCUCUUACGUGUAAAUGAAAAUGAGUAUAAACAAUAAAACGCUUGACUGUGUUCUCAAGAGUGGUAGC